UAAAGUACUUAUAUUUAGCAUUUUGAUACUCGCUUUGCUUUUAAUGAUCUCAAAAUUAAUUACAUAUGUUAUUCUCUCAUUUAUCAGUUCGGUGGUUCAAUUUUACUUGGCUCCUCUCACCUUCCAUUGAUGCCCGUUUUGAAAUCUGUUGUCCGUUAGAUUAUAAUUUCCAAACUGAUGAAUAUCUCCAUCGGCCGAGCAGUCGACCAAAUGAUUAACCGAACUCAAGCAAAAAACUUGAUAGUAGACACUAACCAAGCACUGACUUUCAGAGAAAUGUUUUUUCGGCAACAAUAGGAGUUAAAAUGCUAGCAUGACAACUGUUAAUUAUUUGUAAAAAUGUACUGAGUGCAUCAUAUACUCUCUAGAACCGCCUCGACAAUUCUGCACUCUUUUGAGGGGGAUUUAGAAAUUUCCACCACUCAGUGUCUGAGUAUAAAUAGCAGUGCGAAUUUCCACCUCGUUACAGUUCAUAACAAGCAAUCGUAGUGAAAACACAACAAGCGAAACGAAGAGAAGCUGAACAAGCUAACGUAUAUUCAUAAAACUACCGUAUAAAUUUCAAAGCAAAAUAGUUGACAAAUAUUAAACAAAAGUGAAAGUGAAAAUAAUAGAACAAAUAAAAAUAUAUAACGUUUUGCAAUACAAACCAAAUAAGAAUUUGCCAAUCGCAUAGAGAAGAAAGAAGCAUUCAGAAUGCCAGCAAUUGGUAUUGACUUGGGUACCACGUACUCCUGUGUUGGUGUGUUCCAGCACGGCAAGGUGGAGAUAAUAGCCAAUGAUCAGGGAAACCGCACCACCCCCAGCUAUGUGGCAUUUACCGACUCGGAAAGGUUGAUUGGAGACGCGGCCAAGAACCAAGUGGCCAUGAACCCAAGGAAUAGUGUCUUCGAUGCGAAGCGUCUGAUUGGACGUAAAUUUGAUGAUUCGAAGAUUCAGGAGGACAUCAAGCACUGGCCAUUCAAAGUAGUCAACGACUGUGGCAAACCUAAGAUGAGCGUCGAGUUCAAAGGCGAGCAGAAGUGCUUUGCACCAGAGGAGAUCAGCUCGAUGGUGCUGGUAAAGAUGAAGGAGACAGCCGAAGCUUACUUGGGCACCAGCAUCAGAGAUGCCGUCAUCACUGUGCCCGCCUACUUUAACGAUUCACAGCGUCAAGCAACCAAAGAUGCGGGGGCCAUUGCCGGUCUGAACGUGCUGCGCAUCAUAAAUGAGCCUACUGCAGCAGCUCUGGCCUAUGGCCUGGACAAGAAUCUUAAAGGCGAGCGCAAUGUCCUAAUAUUCGAUUUGGGUGGCGGUACCUUCGAUGUGUCGAUCCUGACCAUCGACGAAGGCUCUCUAUUCGAAGUACGAGCAACGGCUGGAGAUACUCAUCUGGGCGGCGAGGACUUUGACAACAGGCUAGUCAACCAUUUGGCGGAUGAGUUCAAGCGCAAAUUUAAGAAGGAUCUGCGCUCUAAUCCACGAGCGCUUCGUCGUCUGCGGACUGCAGCCGAGAGAGCAAAGCGCACCUUGUCCUCAAGUAGCGAAGCCUCCAUUGAGAUCGAUGCUUUGUUCGAAGGCCAUGACUUCUACACUAAGGUUAGUCGAGCGCGCUUCGAGGAGCUGUGCGCCGACCUAUUCCGCGGCACACUGCAGCCUGUAGAGAAGGCCCUAAACGAUGCUAAGAUGGACAAAAGCCAGAUUCACGACAUCGUUUUGGUUGGCGGCUCAACACGUAUUCCCAAAGUGCAGAGCCUGCUGCAGAACUUCUUCUCAGGAAAGAGCCUCAACCUGUCCAUCAAUCCAGACGAGGCGGUUGCCUACGGUGCCGCCAUUCAAGCUGCAAUACUUAGUGGAGACCAGAGUAGCCAAAUCAAGGACGUGCUGCUCGUUGACGUUGCGCCCCUUUCGCUGGGCAUAGAGACGGCCGGUGGAGUAAUGACGAAAUUGAUUGAGCGCAACAGCCGCAUUCCUUGCAAGCAGUCAAAGACCUUCACCACAUACGCAGACAACCAGCCUGCCGUGACCGUGCAGGUGUUCGAGGGCGAGCGAGCCAUGACAAAGGACAACAACGUGCUGGGCACUUUCAACCUGACGGGCAUCCCACCAGCUCCACGCGGUUUGCCAAAGGUGGAGGUCACCUUCGACUUGGACGCCAACGGCAUACUCAAUGUGACUGCCAAGGAGAUGGGAACUGGCAAUGCCAAGAACAUAACCAUCAAGAACGACAAGGGUCGUCUCUCGCAAGCCGACAUUGAUCGCAUGGUGAACGAGGCCGAGCAGUAUGCCGAAGAGGACGAGAAGCAUCGCCAAAGAAUUGCUGCUCGCAACCAGCUGGAAAGCUACAUCUUUGGCGUGAAGGAGGCUGCCGAAAAGGCUGCAGACAAGAUUUCCCAGUCAGAGCACAGUAGUGUCCUAGACAAGUGUACGGAAGCUAUCAGGUGGCUCGAUGCUAAUACGACUGCUGAGAAGGACGAGUAUGAAUACAAGCUGCAAGAGCUCACAAAAGUCUGCAGUCCCGUUAUGACAAAACUGCAUCAAGGCACUGCAGCUGGAGCCGGCGAUGGUCCACAAGGGUCUCACUGUGGUCAGCAAGCAGGAGGUUUUGGUGGUGGCAGCUACAGUGGGCCCACCGUAGAAGAGGUUGAUUAAGAAUUAAGGCUUUUA